GUCGCUAUCAAUUGAAUUUGCUUAUUAAUUUCAAUUUUUCCCAGUAAAUAUCUCGGACUUUUGAAGCAAAUGUUUGUUGAGAACACGCUACAAUUCGGGAUAUAAAAAUAUUUUAAAUCUCGGGUUAAAUCUGAUAUUUAUUUAUUUUUAUUUUUAUUUUAAGUGAAUUUACAUUAGAUCUAAGUUUUAGUUGAUGAUUGAAUAGACUAGGUCUCCCAAGACACAUCACUUUAUAAAACCCACACGCAAUGAGGGGGAUGAUUAUUACAUCAGGAAAUGUAAUAAUUAAAAAAAAUGCGAGUAAUUUAAUUGGGAUUAGUAUCGGUGGUGGAUCACCGUAUUGCCCUUGUUUGUAUAUUGUUCAAAUAUUUGACAAUACACCUGCGGCUCUAGAGGGCACUUUGCAGUCCGGAGAUGAGUUAUGUUCCGUAAAUGGAACAUCAGUCAAAGGAAAAACGAAAGAGGAAGUUGCAACAAUGAUUCAAACCUCUGAAAAUCAAGUGAGCAUCAACUAUAAUAAACUUCAUGCUGAUCCUCGUCAAGGACGAACAUUAGAUAUAGCGUUAAAAAAAGUGAAGCAUCGAUUGGUCGAGAGUAUGGGUAAUGCAACAGCCGAUGCUCUUGGAUUAUCAAGAGCGAUUCUGUGUAAUGAUGCUCUUGUGCAGAAACUUCUUAUUUUACAACGUACUGAAAGCUUAUAUAAGGAUCUCGUAGCUUAUGCUAAAUCAAUGUUGCAUGCAUUUUUUGAUCUGAUUCAAAUUCACAAAGUGUUUGGAGAUUGUUUCGUAUCGAUAGGAGUUAAAGAACCUCAGCCUCGUGCAAGUGAAGCAUUCAGGCAAUUCGGAGAGCAGCAUCGACAAAUAGAAAAAUUCGGAAAAUUAAUGCUGAAGAUGUUGAAGCCUAUUUUAAAUGAUUUAGGAACUUAUCUUCACAAAGUAAUCCCGGAUACCCGAUUAACAAUCAGCAAGUACGCUGACGCUAAAUUCGAGUAUUUAUCUUACUGUUUAAAAGUGAAAGAACUAGACGACGAGGAACAAAGUUAUAUUGCUCUUCAAGAACCUUUAUACCGAGUGGAAACGGGAAACUAUGAGUACAGACUAGUCUUAAGGUGCAGACAAGAAGCUAGAUUAAAGUUUGCAAAACAAAGAUCUGAUGUUCUUAUUAAGCUCGAGCUAUUAGACAACAAACAUGUCCAGGAUAUUGUCUGGCAAUUCCAAAAAUUUGCAUCGGGUCUCGCUACGUAUUAUUCUAAAAUCCAAAGUAUAUUGUCUACAAACUUGUUUCCAGUUGAAGUCGACCUGACACGAUCCGCAUUUCAGUACAAAUUAUCCGAACAAAGUGUAAGUGAACAGGAGUUCGACAGUGAGACGGAUUCGAAAGAUGAAAUGAAUGAAAACGUCAUCGAUGAAGCUCCGAUGAUAGAUACUACGUCUUUGCCAUAAUUUUAAUUUUACGAGUUAUACGAAACUAUACUUUCCGAUGUCAUUAUGUAAGAAUUGUUUGAAGUAUAUAAGUUAAUAAUAAACUUAAUUUGAG